ACAAUCUGAGAGCACAGCUGUUGUUGCGUGCAGUAGUGGAGAGCCCGCUCUAGGGUGAUGUCAAGCCUCGUGCUGCUUGCUGCGCGUUGCCACUGACCGAGCUGGAGCGCCUUGCUUAGUUACAUUGCUGCUAGCGAGCGGAAUGUUGUCUCUCUGUCACAACGUUGGUUUCUAUACGACAACGCUACACUUCCCUUCCCUGGCCCGAGAGGACACCCUGCCAUUACCAUUAGUUGUUUGGAUGUUAUGUACCCAGUCCAUGGACAUUACGCACCGUACGCGCCAGCCACUCCCGCGUUCAUCAACAACUUCCAGGCACCAGUCGGUCUGAGGAGCACCUCUCCUUGCCGCAGAGACUUCAUGAUGGAAAGCAAGGGGGCGCAAAGGGGUCCAGGGGGGGUGUCGGCAGGCACCAGCGUGGGCCCCGGCUCUUCCUCUUCCUCAUAUCCCUCCUCCACGCGACCGGAGGGAGGCCCUAAGGAGAAACAGGAAGUCCCCGAGGCUGAGUACCUGACGUCGCGUUGCAUCCUCUUCACGUACUACCAAGGGGACAUCAGCAGUGUGGUGGACGAACACUUCUCCAGGGCACUCAGCUCCUACAUGGAAGGAGAGGGCAAGAGGAGGGCGUUGGACCUGGGCACAGACACCCCUUCACCCAGCAGUCGCCACAGCUUCCCCCCAUCCUUCUGGGAUAGCAACUACCCCUCCCCCCAGUGUCGCUCCCGCUGCGAGCCCAGAGCGCCCACCUAUUCCAUGGACCCCUACGCUUCCGGACUCCACCCAGGCCUUCCUCACCCACACACUCACCCCCACUCGCACCUGCACCCAGCAGAGGGGUGGGGCUACGCACAGGGCCAAGCCUACGGGGCCCCCAGGCCCUUCCAUGAACUCUACUCCCCCAGUGGCCUGGAGCCCCACCACCCAUAUGGCCCCCUUCUCAUGCCCACCAUGCGACCCUCCCACCUGGGCACCCUCCCUGGACACCACCCCUAUGAUAUCAGCAAGCUGGACGCCACCGCCCCCUGGCCGGGCCUGCUGCCCCCAGGAGAGAUGGCCAUCAACAUGGACGCAGGCCUCCAGCAUCACAAGAAAGGGAAGGAGCUGUACUGGUUUUAACGACCUUCCGUCGCCACCGACCAGCCAUUACCAGAUCCAAUUUGGACCUCUGGAACUCUACCAUUGAAGCGCCCUUUCUUCCCCCUCCUCCCCGUCCCCUCCUCCCUCUUUAUCCCUCACCCACUACCUUCUCGUCUCCCCUCGCCUCCCCCCGGGCCCAUAGUGCCAGCCGAGAGGGUCCAGGUCAGCGUGUUUGCACCGUGGAGAUAAGGACUCAUAGGCUGGACUCGUGGAGAGCAGAGCAGAGAAAGAGAGAGACAGAGAGAAAAGGGGUACAGCUUUGGUGACCAAUGCUCUGUGUUCUGUGGCGUCUGGCCUCUCCUCUCCUAUCGCUGCUCGGGGCUCAGCUGUGUGGCUGCGGCAGCAUAGAGACAUUGGAGGCCACUGGCAUGGUGCUGGCAACAGUGACCUGGUUUUGACAGAAAGGCAGAGGGGGUAGAGACUUCUUUUGGACACAGGGAAGAGCAAAUAAAGAUGGAUGAUAUCUGGUAGCCCACUGUUACACUACACCCCCCUACUGCAGAUUAUCUUCUCUGUGUUGACACUGUAUUCGUCCUCCUCCAUAUUAUCCGGGCAGUUAUCUGCAUGUAAACAAAUGGACAUGUGACUGGCUGUGUAUGGAUUUGGAUUGUGACUGUAAUCAUAAUGCUGUUAGUUUUUUUAAAGUUUUUUUUUAAUGUGCAUUUCUGAAAUGUAAUCUUCAUUUGGCCAGCGCUCUGGAAAUACUUUAGUUGUGCUUUCUUAAAAGAUGGUUGAGGUACGGAUGAGAAAUGAUUGAAGAAUGGUUGAGGGAGGCGACCAUAAAGGUGUUUGAUAGUAUUGGUUUAUAUAUGAACUAAUAGUUUAGUUAGAGGAAGGGAAACACUACGGUAAGUCAACAAUAUCAAUCAGCCCAGCAUAUCAAACGGCUGAUCAAGCAUUUCAUCAUUUUAAUGUGUUCCAUUGUUGUUACUGUCGUUUGUUUAUACAUACCAUUUUUUGUCGUUUUAAAAGUCGAAUCUUAGUGUGUCCUUUCUCUUGCUUUUGUCAAGAAAUAAUAUAAUUAUCAAUAAAUAUUUUUAUGGUAAAUUCAGACUUUCA